AAAGAUCAGUCAUUCAAGAUGAACUUAUUGCUAUGUACAUAAUAAUCUGGAAAGUUAACGAUUAGCAGCGACUUCCCUCGCUCUAUACUCCCUUCUCCGCUUCGUGAUCCUCUGCUCCUCGCAUUAUUCCCCACUUGUACGCGCGCACGGCUCUGCCUUUUCGCUCUUAUCUCUCUGUCCCUCUCCGUCUUUCUCUCAGUCAGCAUAGACAGUCGGCGUCGGUACGGCAUGUGCACAGGACGUCUACACACUAGAGCGAGUCCGUCAGUGCUCCGCAGUCACACAGUGUGUAUCCUAUUAUUAUACGGUGUGGCAGUGCGCGAUGGGCAAAUCCUCCAGCAAAUUGAAAUCCAGACGCAGCCAGAGUAUAGCAUGGAGCUUCAGGUUCCCAUCGGCGAACGGCCUGCACCAGGCUCUGGGCUCGAGCAGACGUCGAAAGAAGCAACAGCAGCGCGACGGCGUUGUCCUCGUCGCCAAUUCCGUCUCUUGCAAGGAUUUGAGCAGCGAGGGUAGAGAUCAGAGACGGGGAACUUUGGUAGCAAGUUCGUCGGAGAUAGUACUAGGCGAUGCUGCCGCGCCCUAUUCGCGCAGCGAUUCCACCGACACCAUCAAAGCCGUCGGCGAGGAGAAAGCCGCCGGCGCCGCGGCCCAGCCCCCCGGAUGUCGCGACCAGGAGCACGAGGAGCCGCUGCUGCUGCCACCCCGAGGAUCGGCCCCAGCCUCCGGCUGUUCCAGUCCACGAGCUAGUAUGUCGCAGGAGCCAGUCGAGGAGUCUGUCCGCAAGCUGCUCGAGCGCGAGCUGCGCCUGUUCGACCUGAUCGACCCCCGGGAUCUGCGCUCAUACGCCUGGUACCAUGGCAGCAGCUUACCAGGAGGUCGCAAGGGCGCCGAGGCUGAGAUCCCCAACGACGGGGACUUCCUGGUGCGCGACUGCAGCAGCCAGCCCGGCAACUACGUGCUCAGCGUCAGGCAUAAGGGACAGGCCCUCCACUUCGUCAUCAACAAGCUGGUCCUGCAGCCGGACACGGUCUACGAGCGCGUGCAGUACCAGCUCGAGGACGAAGCGUUCGACACGGUGGCCGACCUCGUUACCUUCUACGUGGGCAGCAAGCGGCCGAUCAGCCAGGCCAGCGGCGCGCGCAUCGUGAACCCGCGGCACCGCAGGCUGCCCCUGUCGAGCGGCUGCUCGGCGGCCUUCCUGGCCCCGGGACCCAGCGCCAGCUCCUCCUCGUCCUCCCUCUCGACGAGCACGCGCUCGCCGCCCCGGGUGCCCCGCAAGAAGGAGCGCAGCCAGUCGCUGACGGCGUACCAGCACUACCAGAGCCCGCCGCCACCGCAGCUGGUGCCCCUCCAGCAGCAGGCGCCGCAGCUCCAGUCCAGCACGCUGCCGAGGGUGCCGCCGAUCGGCGCAGGCCAGCAGAUGAGCUGCUCCCUCUCGCUCGGCCGGCAGAAGAUCUGCAGGGUCAUCUCCGACCCGGCGCUCAAGUUCCAGCAGCUCCAGCUGCAGCACCAGCGCCAGCUCGAGCCGAGCGAGCUGCAGGAGCCGCACUACCAGACGCCGCGGAACAACUCGGCGGUGCUGCCGGCCGGCUCCGGGGCCUACGACCUGCCGCCCCCCAAGCCGCCCAGGGUCCCGCGGCACCUCAAGCCCCCGCCGCUCCCGCCUCACCCGUAUCACCAGCAGCACCAGCAGCACCAGUCGAGCAAGGGCCAGCAGCAGCAGGCCUCGGGCAGCGACAGCGGCAACGGCUCCGGGGACAGCGAGUUCGAGGCCGGGGCCCACGCGGCUGCCUGCGCCCUGCCCAUGCAGCCCGCCAUGAAGGGCAUCAUCAUCCGCAGCUACCACCAGGCCAAGGCCCUCGGGCUGAGCGACCUCGACAUCAGGCAGUGGCAGGAGCUCGAGAGGCGGAUACUCGAGACCACGCCCAAUUAUGAGAUAGCCUCGGUCCUCGACCUCGAGAACUUCAACACCCUGCUGCUGCCGACGGUCGAGCACAAGCCCCUUGACGCCACCGCGCUCAGGGCGGUCACGGGCAUGCUCUACGAGACGGCCUCCAGGGUGCUGGCCUCGCACCUCACCAAGAUCGACGUCGACAUGCUGCUCAAGGUUCACGUCGAGGACCCGCCGAACUUCCGGGACGGCCGCUGCGGCCUGGAGCUCCUGGUGCUGCCCUAUGCGAGGCAGACCCGGCUGGACGUGAUCGAGAGGACCGAGUGCCUGAAGCUCCUGGUGGCUGUGACCGUGCUGACCUGCGGCACGCCGGCGGAGCGAGCCGCGACGAUAAGCCGAUGGAUCCAGGUGGCCAUCGAUACGAAGACCGCCCUAGGCAACCUCUUCGGCUUCUGCUCGAUCAUGCUGGCCCUCUGCCUGCCGCAGAUCCAGAGGCUCACCGACACCUGGCACCUGCUCAGGCAGAAGCACACCGACGAGGCCUUCACCUUCGAGGCCAAGCUCAGGCCCACCCUGCGGGCGAUGAACGAGUGCACGGAUCCCCAGGCGCCCAACACCACGAUACCCCACGUCCUGCCCAUCGCUCUGCUCAACGAACGGACUCACGACGAUGUCCUCGGUAACGCGCCGCCCUCGGCCCUGGCAGCGGCGGUGCUCUCGCCGUGGGAGAACUCCGCGGCCGACUGCGGCCUCUCGAUAAUGUGGGCGCACCUCGAGGCCUCCCGCAAGAUGACCGAGAAUCUCACGCUCUUCCGGCGCAACGCCGAGAUCGCCCUCGAGGGCUGUCGGAGCGACGAGCUGAUCAGCGACGCCUUCCGCACCGAGUUCCACGUCAGAUUUCUCUGGGGCAGUCGCGGCGCCUUCGUUAACGCCAGCGAGAGGCACGCCAAGUUCGUGCAGGUCCUCGACGCCAUGUACGACAAGUGCGCGGCCACGGAGCAGCAGGCCUAACAACCCUUAUAGCGCGUCGAUGCGUUUUUUGUAUCCCCGUUACCCGAUGCCCUGUCACGCCCCUCGCAUCGUGUUACUUUCCUUCCCGUUCGACUUUCCGGAGCCGAGUUUCGCGACGGCGACUCUGGCGAAGCUAUACGUUAUUUUAUCGCUUGGACUCUGCAAUUUUAGUGCGCUGGAAAACCCUAACUUUACAAAGAACGAGAAUCAAAGAAGCCUAAUCAAAACAGCUACUUUGCUGUAUAUAUUCGGAGUUACGCGCUGCUGCGUGGAUGCUCCUGUGGAAUUACAAACUCGUUAUUUUUUUAUCGAACGGUCGAGUCGUGCAGAGACAGGCGUCGUUUCGUCGAUCGACUUGGCUCCGAAGGAAGAAAAACGCGCGCGUGCACA